CGAAAGUAACGGCAGAGACGAAACUAUUGCGAGUUAUUCACAUUUAACGUAAAACAACGCAGCGGAGUGCUGAGCAAAAAAAAACAGAUAAAGAGCAUAUACCCCAAAAAACAAGUGAAGAUAAUUGAAGAAAAAAGUAUAUACCGAGUGGAAAAUCAAAUUGGAAAUCCAAUUGGAAUAAAAUUUGAAAAAAAGAAAACUUUUCGAAAGUUUCAAACAUUGGUGAAUGAUCCAAAAAAAUGCAAAUAAAAUAAUUAUAAAAGCUUUUCACGCAACGGUUACGGCUACGACGACGACGAUAAGUUUGUUUGGCGAAUAGAAGGAGAAACUUCGAUUUUUUUUUUGCUAACGAAAAAAAUAUAAUAAACAAUAUUUAUUGCAGUUUUAAAAAUAAACUAAAUAAACGCUACAAAAAGAUAACAAAAGGUUUAAUAAAAAAAAAACAACAACAUAAGGAAUACAAUCUAAAAAAAUGGGUGACGAAUACUCAAAUAAUCCCGAUAUAAGCGCUAUGACAACAAUACUUCCCGCUAUAUUGGGCCUUGUGUCGGCCGGUGCCCUUUGGGCGGUGGCCUGCAUAUGUGCCCGCCAAAUGAGAGCCCGUAAUCGCAAACAGAAUCAACACGAUGCCACAUUUCCCUUUCAACCGACACGACGUCCGACAGCUGUUCGUUCGCCUAGUGGCCAGCCACCACACUAUCUGAAGAAGUCACCAUCGCCAACGGGUACCAAGCAAUUAGGUAUCCUACAACCAAUGCCCGAUCAGAAUGCCUCAUCGCCAAUCUCGCCACAGACUGUCAAGUAUAUGGAAGAAGAUGAGAUAAAACCCAAACAGGUCAAGUAUAACGGAGGGAGUGAGAAACAUUCCCCUGUGGAGGCCAAGAGUCCCAGUGGUAGUGGUGGUGCCAACAAUGGUGUCGUUGCUGGACGAUCCAGUCAGAUGAGCGGUGCCAUGCAAGAGUCGAUGAUUAGCAAUGCCAGCACUGAUCUGCAUUUGGAACAGUACGGCAAAUUGGGUUCUAUAUUUUUCAAGCUACGUUAUUUGGCCGAACGGAAUGCCCUAAUGGUGUCGAUCAUCCGUUGCCGUGGUUUACCCUCGAAGAGUAGUGGCGGCAAUUCGAACAAUCCCUCGACUGGCAACAAUGGCAGUGAUAUCCCAGCCGGUAUGAAUGGACGCACCCAGGCUGCCACUGAUCCCUAUGUCAAAUUGCAGCUGUUGCCCGACAAACAGCACAAGGUUAAGACCCGUGUUGUGCGCAACACCCGUAACCCGGUCUACGAUGAGGAUUUCACUUUCUAUGGCUUGAACAUCAAUGAUUUGCAGAAUAUGUCAUUGCAUUUUGUCAUCCUGAGCUUUGAUCGUUAUUCGCGUGAUGAUGUCAUUGGCGAGGUGGUCUGUCCAUUGUCGAGCAUUGAAAUCGGUGAUAUUUCCAAGGAGGCUUUGUCGAUCAGCAAGGAAAUUCAACCACGUAGUUUGAAGAUACGGGCCCAGGGUCGUGGCGAACUUUUGAUUUCGUUGUGUUGGCAACCAGCUGCCGGACGUUUGACAGUGGUGCUGUUGAAGGCCCGCAAUCUACCACGCAUGGAUGUGACCGGUUUGGCUGAUCCCUAUGUCAAAAUCUAUUUGUUGUACAAUGGCCAGCGCAUCGCCAAGAAGAAGACACAUGUCAAGAAACGCACACUGAGUCCUGUUUUCAAUGAGAGUUUUGCUUUCGAUAUUCCCGCAGCUGAGGGAACUGGAGCGACUUUGGAAGGAGUGUCACUUGAAUUGAUGCUGUUAGACUGGGAUCGUGUUACCAAAAAUGAGGUUAUUGGACGACUUGAAUUGGGUGGACCCAAUUCGAAUGGUACAGCCUUAAAUCACUGGAAUGAAGUGUGCAACUCACCACGAAGACAAAUUGCCGAAUGGCACAAAUUAAAUGAGUAAAUGCAGGUGGAUGGCCAGCUAAAAAGGCUCUCUCGAAAGCCCACAAUCUUUGCAGAAUUUCAAAACUGAGACACAUACACACACAAAUUAAUAGGCAAAAAAAACCAAAACCAAAAACAAACAAAUGCUAGACAAAGAUAUAUACUUAUAUAUAAGUAAAAUAUUAUAUACAUAAAUUUAAGCAAAACAAAAAACAGAAACAACAACAAGCGAACGAACAUAACAAAACAUUACGAUCAUAGUCAGAAUCGAGAAAGGAAGUAAUUUUUAAGAGGUUGCUAGAAAAAGAAAUCAAGAGAUUUUGAAAAAAAAAAAAACACUCAAAACGGAAGAAGAGAGAAAGAAAGAACAAUAGCUAUAACAAGAAUAUUAACACCACAGAGACACAAAAGAAGCAAAACAAAAAAAAAAAAAA